AUGUUCCUUGAAAAGGCAAAAUUUUGGCAAACCGGCGGAGUAUGCAUGCAAGUUUAUCAGUUUAUAACAAUGCCCUAUCGAAUUUGGUUAAAAGCAAUCAUUCCUGAUUACCGUAAUAGUAGUAUUUAUGAUACUUCAACAACAACUAAAUUUCCUUCAAAAAAUCUUUCUGACCUUGAUGGUUCUUCAAAUGAUCAUUCAAAACAAAUUCCUUUUUCUUCAAAAAAAAUUUUAUCGAACAAUAUUAAUUCUCAAAAUGAUAAUAUUCCAAAUUAUCUAAAAUCUCGAAAACCACAUCAUCAUCUUAAACCUGCUCUUAAAGCUUAUAUGGAAUCUUUUGAUUUUGAAAAAGACCCUAUUGAUAUCGCGUUAAGGAAAUUACUAAUGGAAUGUCAUUUACCAAAAGAAACUCAACAAAUCGAUCGAGUUAUGGAAGCUUUUGCAAAGAGAUAUCAUGAAUUGAAUCCUGAUUUAUUUGCCUCUGCAGAUGAUGUGGAUGUUAAUGGACAAACAAUGCUUGAAUCUCCAACCACUGAUCAUCGUCAAUUAAAGAUCUUUUCUUCUUCAAAAGAUAAAAGAAAAUCAUUACGUCCUAGAAAUGAUCCUUACUAUGUGAUACAGACCAAACAACCUACUGAAUUCAAACCAUACAUCAAAGAUAUAAUUCCUGUCGAAAAUCCUUAUUCUUACAUUGGUACACUUCCAUCCUUAGACAUAGCAAAUCUUCAUCGUUCAUUCUCAUCCGCUCAAACAAUUCGUAUUACUGGUGUUCAAAAUAGACGUAAUGGUGAUUCAUUUAGUACUACAACUAGUUCAUUUCAACCUUCAAAAGAUGGAACUUUUCUUUUAAAAAUAACAAAAGGUGGUAAACUUGGAAGAAAAAUUGAUUUAAUUGAUGGUAAAAAGAAAGGUGGAAGAAAUUGGAAAUUAUAUGGUAAAUCACCGAAACUUCCUGUCUUAAAACCUGAUGCGAUCCUAAUGACGGCAGAUUCAGUUGCGGUAUACGAUAAAAGCUAUGAUAAAUACAAAAAUGUAUUUAGAUUAGUUUGUCCACAAGGUCAUCAAUAUUUAUUUCAAGCUGAAAAUGAAAUUGAAAUGAAUGAUUGGAUAUCAAAAAUUAAUUAUGCUGCUACUUUUAAAACUGUUGGUUUAAAAAUUAGAAAUAUUAGAAGUAGUAUUACUAGUGGAAUGUCAAGUUUUAGUGCUUCUUUAUUUAAAAUUAUCGAUGUUAAUGAAAAUGAUAAUGAUACUGGUUUAGGUAAUGGUUUAGGUUUAGGCUUAGGUUUAGAUGGAAUUAAAUUUGGAAAUUCGGGUAUUAGUAGAAGAGAUGCGAAAAGAGGAAAUGAUAAAUAUAGAACUUUUCCUAGAUUAAAAGAAGAUAAUGCUAAAGAUGCUCAAGGGCCAACUAAACUUCGACAUACAUGUUUAGAAUUAUCAAGAUUAGUAUGUUAUCAUGAAAUAUUAGAAAAAGAUUUAUGUGCUACAGUAAUGGAAGAUGAUAGAUAUUGGUUAAAUAGAAGAAGUAUGUAUAGACUUUGUGGUGAAAGUAGUUCAGAAGAUAAUGUUUCUUUAAUUGGAUCUAUAACGGGUGGUGAUGAUAGAGUUUCAGCAAUGAUGUCAUCAAUUUUGAAUACUGAAAAUAAGGAUCCACCUAAAAAAUUAUUAGAUAUAAAAGAUAUAAAAGAUAUAUCUGAUAUGACUAAUAUAACUAAAUCUUUUGGUUAUGAUAAUGAUGAUGAUUUUAAUACUACAAAUACUAUUAAAUCUUCAAAUUCACCUUCGAUAACUAUUAAAAGUGAUGAUGAUAAUAAAGGUGAAGUAAAAGAUAAAGGAAAGAAUGAAAAAAAUCGAACUGUACCAAUGUCUUUAUUACCAAAAAGUUCUACAUCAUCAUUAUCAUCGAUGCAAUAUUCAAGUAAUGGAGGUGAUAGUUAUGGUGGAGGUUCAAGUCAAACUACAGUUUCUCAACAUGAUGAAGAAGAAUUUGUAUAUCGUCAUGGAAAUGCUUCAGAAUUUGAUUUAGGUUUUGAAAAUGUUGGAAAAGUUAAUAAUUUAGAUGAUAUUAAAGAUGAUGAUGUUGAAUCAUUUACUUUUGAAAAUAACAAUCAUAAUAUUGUAAAAGUUGAUAUUAAUAAUGAUAUUGAUUCGAUGAAAGAUAGAUCUGAUAUAAUAGAUUUGCAAACAAUAGAUCCUAGAAUUAUAGAAGCUUUAUCCAUAACGGAUAAUAGUCCAUCUGAUGUAUUUAAUAACAUUAUCAAGGAAAAUGAUUCAUUACCACUGGUGGAAACUAAUAUACCAAAAUCGAGUAUAAUGACUUCCUUAGUUAUAAAUGAUGAUUAUGAGUUUAGUGAUAGUGAAGAAGAUGAUGAUGAGUUUGUAGAUGCUGAAGAGUAUAUUUGA